GUUAUUUAUAGAGAUCAGUGGGUUCAGCUCAUUGCCGCAGCACAAGAGUGAAACAAGUACAAGAGUACUUGACACAGUAAAAUGAUGUUGAAGGCUGGAUUCGGCCUAAUUUUGGCGUAUCUCACCUAUAGAGUUAUUCGACUUGUGUAUAUAUUGGAUCUUAACAAAGAAACGUACAGCCAUGCACCUGGCGAAUGUUUUCAUGUGAAAGGAAUUUUGGAAUAUGGAUCUGAGGACAUCACACUUUUGCCAAGCGGGAAGGCAUUAAUAACUUCGGGUUUGACGUACUCCAUGGCUAGUCUUCAUGAGAAGUUCUCCAAGAUGCAAGGCAGAAUCUAUACCUUCGAUUUUGACAAGCCCAGGCAGCCUGUCAAAGAAGUUACGAUAAAAGGCGAAUUAGACAGAAAGAAAUUUAAUCCACAUGGAAUAAGCUAUUAUAUAAAAGAAGGUAAAACGACGGUGUUUGUGAUCAGUCAUACGCCGGAGACGGUCGAAGUGUUUGACUACAAAGAAGCCGAGAACCUCCUUGUGUACGAGCGAACCAUUGUCGAUCCACUGCUCACUGUUGGCAACGGUUUGGUAGCAACUUCCGAGAAUAGCUUCUUCAUCACCAAGUUUCAUCACUUUGUGAAUCUUCCCUGGAAGACAUUCGAGACAAUUGGAUUGGAGCUUAAUUGGGGAGCAGUGCUACAUUACAAUGAGUUCACGAAAGCCAAAGUUGUGGCGUCUGAUCUGAGUAUGGCCAACGGCAUUACCAUGAGUCCUGAGGGAAAGUAUGUAUAUGUAGUUUGCUAUGGAUACUUUAUUUCCUACAAGAUUUUAAAAGACAAUUAUCUGGAAGAAGUGCAGAGAGUGCCACUGAGAACAGCACCUGACAAUCUCUUCGUCGAUGAUGCAUCAGGGGACGUUUACAUCGGCUGCCAUCCUGUAGGAUACAAGUUGCUACUGUGGGAUUGUGACCCAGAUAACCAUACUGCUCCAUCCCAGGUUCUCCGAUUAAGGAUGAAGGAAGGAAAAGUACAGUCGAUUUCUGAAGUUUAUGCAGAUGAUGGAACAAAUUUGAUUGGCUCCACCGUAGCAGUUUAUCGUGAUAAUGGAUUGCUUAUUGGAACGCUCAGAGAUAAAUUAAUGUACUGCAAUGUGCAAUAUUUACCAUGAGAAUACACUUGUGUUGUUAGUGACAUUCCAGUGUACACUAGGAUACGAAUAUGGUGAAAAAUAUCAGGCAAAAUUGGUAAAAUUGGUGAUAAUGAUACUUGUUUAUUUGUGUUUUCCUAUCCACGGGUUUAAUAAAAAAAUAAUUUCAUUACAUUCUAUAGCAAAAAUGAAUAAAAAAUAGUUAUCUGUACAAUCAUGACAUGUUGAGGAAAUUGAUUAAAUGGAUAAUUUUGGAAAUUGGCAUAUUUCUAAAGUUUAAAUUGUGACAUUGUCAACCUGUAUGUUUGGUUGUGAACUGUUGGAAGCAUGAAAUAAUUAAUUGACAUUAAUUUUUGUCAUGACCAUAAAUUACUAGUGAAGGUAAACCGUGUACUUUGUGGAAAUCUUUUGUAUAUGUGUGUUACAACUUCCAAAUGCAAGGUGUAUAUGAAAUAGCAUGUAUGCUUCUUGGAUUGUAUGAGGAUAAUUCAUUAGUACUAAGCGAGCUUAUAAGGAUGAGUGUGAGCAUAUGUUUAAUUAAGAUGAUAUAGUGUGUUUUCAAGUAAUCGAUGGGGUGUAUUUAACAUGCUAGUUGUUACAUAGUAGAAACUUGCCUGGUAAAA